GGCAAUCACGCCAAUUUACCACCAUCCUCCGCGUCUCCCUACGUGCACGCUAACACUAGCUACCUACUGUCGUUCGGCGAGCAAACUGUAGCAUUGUCUUCAUCAUCUAAAGACAGCCCAAUCUACACGCCCCACGUUGCGACGUCAGGCACGAACAGCGCAACGAGCAGACCUCCCCCAAUCACAACCAUCACUUCCCAGGACCACCACAGCAACAACCUUCUGUGCCUGUAGACCACAGCAGCGUCCUCAUUUCCAACCAUUGCAGCACCAAAAUCAGCCUGUUCGCAUCCGCUUUUUUUCCCUGUGUCUGGUGGAUCCCCGUCGUCGUCUCCCGGUCGCCCGCUCUGGCUCCCUAACCGCCCGCUGCUUUUCUACACCCGCCUCCUUCCUCGCCUUCAGUCUCCUCCUCUCCGUCAUCCUCAGGUGGCAACUGGGGCCGGCAGCAGCCCCCGCCCCAACGCUGGUCUCCCGAGUCGAAAAAAGCACCUUACUGCCUGGCUGCGGAGCCGCCAGCGAAAAGAAGACGCACAGAAUAAAAGGCAGAACGCCAAGCCGAAGUUCUCCCUGCAGAGAAGCCGCAGUUACCUGUAGCCGUUUCCUACUUCAGGAGUAACCCUAACCCUAAUCCUCAAGGGGCAUUACCCAUCAGGACCCUGGCCUCAAGACACCAGCCGCGGCCAGUGUGUGUCCUGCAUGAAGGACAAAGCCACUCAGACCCCCAGUGCCUGGGCAGAUGAGCAGAGAGACUCACACACAUGCUCGGCCUCCUGGGGAAGCACCGACCAGCUCAAAGAGAUCGCCAAGCUGCGGCAGCAGCUCCAGCGCAGCAAACACAGCAGCCGUCACCAUCGUGACAAGGAGCGCAAAUCUCUCAGCCAAUCACAGAGUAAGAACAUUUUGAUCCCGAUCCCGAUAUCCAAGUCGACGGUAUCGCGUUUCCGGAACAGCGUGGAGGGACUGAACCAGGAGAUUGAGCGCAUUAACAUCCGCGACUCAGGGGAGGGCGAGGAGCAGCUUACACCGCAGGACGUCCCCGAUGGCCACCGCGCCCCCCCGCCUGUCCCCCAGCGCAGUAGCAGCACCCGUAGCAUCGACACGCAGACCCCCUUGGGCAGGGGAGGCGAUGGUAACCACAGCAACAGCAGCAGCCGCUCUCAGUCUGUGUCGCCCUCCUUCCUCUCUGUCAUCAACGACACGCGGGGGCGGAGUCCGUACCCCAGCGAAGAACGGCUGACCAACAGCCAGGAGAACGACCUCAGCUCCAGCUCCCCUUUACCCAAAUACGCCUCAUCCCCAAAACCCAACAACAGCUACAUGUUCAAGCGCGAGCCACCCGAGGGCUGUGAGAGGAUCAAGGUCUUUGAGGAAACACCGCCCAGGCCGGAGAUUUCUCAGGUCCUCUGCCCUGACAGAAACAAGGUCAACUUCAUCCCCAAGAGCGGCUCCGCCUUCUGCCUGGUCAGCAUCCUCAAACCCCUUCUGCCCACGCAGGAGCGCCCCCUCAAGGCCUCGUUCGGGAUGGGGGUGCGUAGCCUGUCGCCCACCGUGGGGCCCACCCUCACUGUGGAUCAGGAGCAGAGAGUCUCCCGCGGGACCAUCACCUAUACCCAGCAGCCCUUCCUCUCCAGACAUCUGGAGGAGCCUGAGACUUAAGAGCUCUGCUGGGGGGAAAAAAAAACGAGAAACGACACCGUUUUUUCACGUUUUACCUUCACCACAGUUCAAAUGCCUUUUUUUCUACUCGGACUGUUUGAAACGUGCACUUCACAUGUACCCUCCUCAAAUGAAAAAGAUGUAAAUGCUUUUGUUACGCAUUCGAGAUUCAACAUUUUACAUUGGUUUACAUUUUUACGUAAUAUUUUGCCAUGUGCCAUGAGUCUUUUAACAGAAACAUGAUCAAGUGAAAUGGACAUGACAUAUUGAGGUUCUCUGGUAGACCAAGAAACGUGGGGUCUGCUUGGUCUCCACAGCAACUUAAUCCAUGAAACCUUGGCCACCCAGUUAUGAUUGUGGAGUUCAGGUUGUAGCGCCGCCCAGGCCCUUGGCCAGACACCAGGAGAAAAAAAUAUAAUGUG